UUCAUUACCCCGAGUAUCAUCCAUAAAGUCUCCUUCAACCGAUCUCACUUUGUUUCUUGUCAAUCGACAUUUUCUUGCACUUUCUCGCUAAUCUUCUCUUGUUUUCUUUCUUUCCAACCAAUGGACGCGUUCGCUUCGUUCUUCGAUUCCCAAUCUACUUCAAGGAAUCGCUGGACCUACGACUCCCUCAAGAACUUCCGCCAGAUCUCUCCUGUCGUCCAGACUCAUCUUAAGCAGGUUUAUUUGACCCUAUGUUGUGCACUGGUUGCAUCGGCAGCUGGAGCUUACCUACAUAUCUUGUGGAACAUUGGCGGUCUUCUAACAACAUUUGCAUGCUUGGGAUGCAUGGGUUGGCUACUUUCUCUGCCACCUUAUGAAGAGCAAAAGAGGGUAGCUCUGUUGAUGGCAGCUGGACUCUUUGAAGGGGCUUCCAUUGGUCCUUUGAUUGAUUUGGCCAUUGAAAUUGAUCCAAGUGUUUUGAUCACUGCAUUUGUGGGAACUUCAGUGGCAUUUGGUUGUUUCUCGGCAGCGGCAAUGUUGGCAAGGCGUAGAGAGUAUCUUUAUCUUGGUGGUCUGCUUUCAUCUGGCUUGUCCAUCCUUCUCUGGUUGCAGUUUGCAUCUUCCAUCUUUGGAGGAUUUGCAGCCAUCUUUAAGUUUGAGUUGUACUUUGGGCUUUUGGUGUUUGUGGGUUAUGUGGUGGUUGACACCCAGGAUAUCAUUGAGAAAGCUCACCUAGGUGAUCUGGACUAUGUAAAGCAUGCUCUUAGUCUUUUCACCGACUUUGUUGCUGUCUUUGUUCGAAUCCUCAUAGUUAUGUUGAAAAAUUCAGCCGAGAGGGAAGAGAGGAAGAAGAAGAGGAGAGAUUGAAUUUGAGCUGAAGAACAAUAAUGGCCUGCGUCUUCGACCCCUGGGCUGCAGUAAAAUGCAACUGGUUGUCUAUAAUGGUCUCUUUAUUCUCCGCCUAAUCAACGCAUCGACAUUGGAACCAUGUAAUUAGUAGUUUUAUAUUGGAGGAUAUGUAAGGUUUUGACAAUUCCACAUGUACGAAUCUUAUACUAUUAUAUCACAUGGUUUUCAGCGCCUAUUAGGUUUUUCUGCUUGUA